GGCGAAUGAUUCUGGACAGCCGGACAGGUUUCUUGAGACGAGCAAGUCCAGUCUCUGGAGUGCAUACCGUACUCUCAGCCCACAAAAGCAUCCCACAAUCAAACAUCAUAACAAACCAGAAACGAUAAUUCAAAAUGCGAAUUCAGGUCCCUCCGAUUUCCCUUGCUUUUGCGCUUCCAGCCGACCUCAAAGUGGGGCCAAGCCCAUUGGACGAGGAGAAGCUGAGACUCGCCACAGGAGGAUACCUCCAGCAAAAGUUGAAGGAUGUAUAUCCGACUUUCCAAGGCUUAAAUUGGUCCUUUACUUCCUUUGAGAACGAAAUGAGCGACCCCGAAGCCAAAUUCCAGGUCCGCUUGUGGGCCAAAGUGGGCGCUUUCUUCGAGAAUGGCACCACCGUGGACGAGGACGAAGUCGUCGACCACAUAAUCUCGCAGCUACACGACAAAAGCUACCUCCCCACUAUUUCAAAAAUGAUGGACACUGACUCUUCCUUGGCCAAGGCAACAAACGUGCAGGCCUGCCUUCUUGAACGCAGCGAUCAACAUACCACUCCUGGUGUUGCAUCCGUGCGUGUUUGCAAUGUGUUCGUUGCUUUCACCAUGCCGAAGUGCCAGAACGAGCCCAGCGCAGCCGAUUACUUGGCGCUUGCAGAGUCGACACAAAAGUUCUACUUUUCGCAACUUGAAAAGAAGUUUGACACAUUCCGAGACCUGAGGAUUGCUGUGAGGCGCUCUCUCUUUGGCAAGCACAACGCCUACGACUUGAUCGUGGAAUGGGAAGUUGUCGCUGACUUCGUUCCCAAUGAAGCAGGGACAGUUCCUGGAAAGCACUGGCUUGGACAAUCCCUCAUUCGAACCGAUUUGAACAAGUACUACAAGGAGCAUGUCCUCGAAUUGAAGGGAACACCGUUUGCCCAAGCAGGCAGCAUGUUCAUUGAUACCGGUAGCGUCGAAUCCUGUGCUUGAAAGACCAAUUCCACCAGAGUCGUCUAGAUUUUACCCAUAUAGUCAAAGAGUUGUUUUGGCUUCAU